AUGCGUGGCCAACCAAACAUUCGGACUGGACAUCUGUCUGCGACUAGUGGUGUGAAGAACCUCAAACAGUGUCGGAAAGUUGUUGACCCUACCACUACCAUCGCAUUGACCAGGCUCGACACAAUCUCCCUCGAUGCUGCUGAUGCCGGUGUUGCCUCUUACUCUGCCGAUGCCGAUGUGGAAGUCGACAACGACGUCCUCGACUUUCCAACCGAUGUUGAAUUGAACAGCUCAGCCAACAUUACCGGAACCAACGUCGCUCACUCAAGGCAAGUGUCCACUCAAAGCUGA